GAUCUGUGUGUGGUUUCGGGCCCUAGAAACAUUUUGGAUUUGCUUUCAUUCCUCCUUCUGAAGACCCAAGGUCGGCCACCAGGUUUGGGAGAUUUGAAACGCGGGGCUGAUUUUCCUCCCUGUUUUCCGGUUCUGCCCGCGGGAACCUUCGAGGAAGCGUGGAAGGAUGGGAAGGGCGUGCGCCUGCUGACCGGCCCCGUGUUGCCUCUGCGUGGCCGCGGUGUCCCGCCUUGGCUGCUCUAUGGAAUCGUACGCUUGUCACUUCAGGCCGAAGCUUUGUUUGUUAAUAGAAGUGAAACGGAUGCGUUGAGAGGGGACAAAGAUUUUAAAAGGCCCUUCCCCUACCCAACUUCCCCAAAGGCCCCAAAGACUGCAGAUUUAUCUAGUUUGCCGACACGAGCUCUUGAAUGUUCAGCGGACAAGGGCUUAAAUAUAAGAGAGUGGGAACUCCUAACAUUUUAAGGGAUUUGUGUGUAUUUCCAAAACUGACUUUUGACCGCCAUCCAACACCUGCUGCCUGAGAUUCCUGAGCGUCUCGCCAUCCUGCGGCUCUAACAUGUUCUGUUGGUUAAGUCGGCUGUACAGGGGUUUAUCCAGACCCACUAGAAGGACCACACAGCUGAUCUGGGGUUCUUUCUCCCGAAGUCUGGUACUGAGUUCACAGAGGAGAAUUCCAGAACUCAGUAGUUUUGUUGCCCGGACCAACACGUGUGGAGAGUUGCGUUCUUCUCACUUAGGCCAAGAAGUCACCUUGUGUGGAUGGAUUCAGUACCGAAGGCAAAACAUCUUCCUGGUCCUAAGAGAUUUCCAUGGGCUUGUUCAAGUUAUCAUUCCUCAGGAUGAGUCGGCUGCUUCUGUGAAGAAGAUUUUAUGUGAAGCCCCCAUGGAAUCUGUGGUGCAAGUGUCUGGCACAGUAAUUUCUCGACCUCCAGGACAAGAGAAUCCAAAAAUGCCAACAGGUGAGAUUGAAAUCAAAGUUAAAACAGCUAAACUUCUGAAUUCCUGCAAGAAGCUGCCCUUUGAAAUUAAGGACUUCGUGAAGAAAACAGAGGCUCUUCGUUUGCGGUAUCGCUACUUAGAUUUGCGUGGUGUCCAAAUGCAGUAUAACCUGCGACUGAGGUCCCAGAUGGUCAUGAAAAUGCGGGAAUAUCUCUGUAAUCUACAUGGGUUUGUGGAUAUAGAAACACCAACAUUAUUUAAAAGGACUCCAGGGGGUGCAAAAGAGUUUGUAAUACCAUCCAGGGAACCUGGAAAGUUUUAUUCUCUCCCUCAGAGUCCUCAGCAGUUUAAGCAGCUUCUGAUGGUUGGUGGUUUAGACAGAUAUUUUCAGGUUGCCCGAUGUUAUCGAGAUGAAGGAUCAAGACCAGACAGACAGCCCGAAUUUACUCAGAUUGACAUAGAGAUGUCCUUUGUAGAACAGACUGGCAUCCAGAGUCUAAUUGAGGGUUUGCUCCAGUAUUCAUGGCCCAGUGACAGAGAUCCUGUGGUGGUUCCUUUUCCUUCUAUGACUUUUGCUGAGGCGUUGGCCAGCUAUGGAACUGAUAAACCUGACACUCGCUUUGGGAUGAAGAUUGUAGAUAUCAGUGAUAUGUUCAGAAACACAGAGGUUGGAUUUCUUCAAGAUGCGCUUAGUAAACCCCAAGGAACCAUCAAAGCCAUAUGUAUCCCUGAAGGAGAAAAAUACUUAAAAAGGAAAGACAUUGAGUCCAUUAGAAAAUUUGCAGCUGACCAUUUUAAUCAGGAAGUCUUACCUAUAUUCUUGAAAACCAAUAACAACUGGAAUUCUCCAGUUGCUAAGUUCAUAAUGGAGGAGCAAGGCUUGGGACUAAUCAGACUGUUGGAGACCCAAGAGGAGGAUGUGGUCCUGCUAACUGCCGGAGAGCAUAAGAAAGCAUGCUCUUUGUUGGGAAAAUUACGACUGGAGUGUGCUGACCUUCUAGAAGCAAGAGGAGUGGUGCUUCGUGACCCAGCUCUGUUCUCUUUCCUUUGGGUUGUGGAUUUCCCCCUCUUCUUUCCCAAGGAGGAAAAUCCCGAAGAGCUGGAGACAGCCCAUCACCCGUUUACUGCUCCCCACCCCAGUGACAUCCACCAUCUUUACACUGAGCCCCAAAAGGUCCGUAGCCAACACUAUGACUUGGUUUUAAAUGGCAAUGAGAUAGGAGGUGGUUCUAUCCGAAUUCAUGAUGCAGAGCUACAGCAUUACAUCCUGGCAACAGUACUAAAGGAAGACGUGAAAUUGCUCUCCCAUCUGCUCCAGGCUUUAGAUUAUGGGGCGCCCCCUCAUGGAGGAAUUGCCAUAGGGUUAGACAGACUGAUGUGCCUUGUCACUGGAGCGCCAAGCAUCAGAGAUGUCAUAGCCUUCCCCAAAUCUUUCCAGGGGCAUGACCUUAUGAGCAAUGCCCCAGAUUCUAUCCCGCCUGAGGAAUUGAAGCCCUAUCAUAUCCAGGUCUCCUGGCCAACAGACUCAGAAACAAAAAAGAGUUCAUUGAAUCAUCCAUGCCAUCCAGAAAGUUGAGCUUUUGAGUUUUGUCCUCUUUGCUUCCCCAAGGCUAAAAUCAGAUCUGGAGUUCAGCCACAGAUCUGACUUCAAGUUUUUAAAUGGAAGGAAUCCAGGCAACAUUCUUCACCUCAAUGAAGAAACAGACAAAAGGUAUCCAAUUUUAACGAGAGCAUGCAUUAUUAGGAUUAUUUUAUUUGGGACUUUUUUGAAGUUUCUUUUUACUUGGAGAGGUGUGAAACAUGGCUUUUUGACAGAGUAACAUAAUGGCAUAGUGUUUUCUAAUCAUGUUUUUCAUACCCCGAUAGUAGAUUGUUCUCUUAGGACAGAGGUAAUCAAACCAUAUGUGAAAUGUGGGAAGAUUCUUGCCCCUUUAGACUGGUCCAUUGAUGGAGGGGUCAGUUCAACCAGCCUCAUCAAGAGAAUCCUAUAAAGGAAGCUGGAUAAUGACACUUCAGCUAUCAACAUAAUAUAGUGAGAAGCAACAUGAUAUAAAGUAAAAAAUCACUGAAAUAAAAGUCACAAGAUCUUAAUCAGUGCUUUACCUUGCAAGUUGUAUAAACCUCUCUUAGCGUCCCUUCCUGCAUGUGUGAAAUGUAAGCAGUACUU